AUGGGUUGUGCACGGGCCAAUCAGAGAGACAUCAAAAGGAAAAAAAAGACAUUAAAAUCCGAAGAAUCCGACGAAGUUUUUGGUUUCUUUUCUUCCGCAGCGAUCGAGACGAGACGAGACGAGACAAGGAGGCAGACGGGAAGGCUGGACGAUAUCAAUUCGAUUAUAUUGGACUGGGAGCGGGCUGGAAGUUGGAAGCUUUCGCCGCCGGAUGUCAUAACCUACCGACCUGGUACCAGCAGCAGCAACAACAAGCAACAACCCUUGAGAUGGCAGCACCAUUUACUCUACUACGACGGUUUUCGCCCUCGUGGCUGGGCAUCAGGACGGAGGGAAGCAUGGCUACGGGUUGAUCAUACUAGGUACGGAGCAUAUCUGAGACUGCUUGCUUUUCUUUUCUUUUUUACUCUUUUAUGUGGUUAUAAGUCCUGUGCUAUCAUUCCGGUCACAGCAUUCGCCCUGGGGACAUGGCAGGUCCAGCGCCUCGAGUGGAAAUCAAACCUGAUAGCGAAGUUCGAAGACCGUCUCAUCAAGCCGCCGCUGCCUCUUCCCCCGGUCGUCGACCCUGAUUCCGUCGAAGACUUUGAAUAUCGACGGGUAUAUGCAAAAGGCCGUUUACGACACGACAAAGAGAUGUUGAUUGGGCCCCGCAUGCAUGAAGGAAAGGAUGGCUAUCUCGUCGUGACGCCACUGGAAAGAGGGGAGGGUGAAAGCACAAUCCUUGUCAAUCGCGGUUGGAUUGCAAAGUCGCUGGAGCGGCAGUCGGAGCGGAGGGAAGGGCUGCCGCAGGAAGAGGUCGUGGUCGAGGGGCUGCUGCGGUCACCGUGGAAGAAGAACAUGUUUACGCCCGAUAACAAGCCUGAGGAGGGCAAAUUCUACUUCCCGGACGUCAAGCAGAUGGCCGAGCUGACCGGCAGCCAGCCGGUCUGGAUAGAAGAAACGAUGGUUCUGGCUGACAAGUCAACAGUGCAGGACAUCUUGUCCAUGUACACAAGAGAGGACAAGGGUAUACCAAUUGGUCGUGCAGCGGAAGUCAACCUCCGCAACAACCAUGCUCAGUACAUCUUCACCUGGUACGGGCUCUCCCUGGCCACCGCCAUCAUGCUGUGGAUGGUUGUCAAGAAACGGCCGAAUGAAGCAGUUCGACGGGUCCGUCAGAACAAGAGCUGGUAA